CCGACAGCAUCUGCCCAGGAGUCACCCAACUCCACACCAUGUGGUCCCUUGGGCAGGUCAUGUCCUCCUCGAAUGGCUCCUGCUGCUCCUCGUUCGCCAUGUCACCCGACAGCAGACGCAGUGGGCGGCAAUGUGGGGGGCGCGACCGUGGGGCUGCUACCAUGGGAAGUGCUGAUGUGGCAUCUUCUCACGUGACGGCUGCUGACGUGGCAGCUGCUGUGUCACCUGCUGACAUGGUAGCUGCUGACGUGGAGGUCGCUGACGUGGAGGCUGCUGUGUCACCUGCUGACGUAGCUGCUGCUAUCGAGGGAGCUGCUGACGUCGCUAUUCUUGACGUGGCAAUUGCACAUCCUCCGGUGGCCGUGGCAGCUGCGGUCCUGCGCAUGCACGACGCUGUUCACGAGUAGGCUAAGGCCUCAGCAGCGCCAGGCUGCACGACGGACGGGACGAAGCAGCUCAACGAGCGCAUCGAUCACGUCAUCAAUAUCAUCGGCGAUAUAGGCGAUUUCACUAGCCCGGCCACAAUAAGUAGCACGGUGGCCGCCAUCAAGACGGACAUCACCAAGCUGCAGACGAGACCGGACGCCGCUACAAAGACUUACAAGAUGCCGCACUUCGACAUCAGCAAGUUUGACGACUACAACAAGUCGGACGCCUUGACAUGGUGGCAACGUUUCCUCACGGAAGCAUCAUGCCGCACUGUCCCGAUGGACGACAUGAUGAAGGCGCUCUACUUACAACUGAUUGGAGGAGCGCAGGCAUGGAUGAAUCAUCUGGCGGUUACCAAGAAAUGCACCAUCGCCGGACUCCACACGCACAUUCUGUGGAAGGAGUUCGAGAAGCUAUGGCUCACCCGGUUCAUGGUUCGCAACGUCGUGAAGGCAGCCAUGAACGAGGUGUACACCUGCUCUCAAGGUAGUAUGCCAACUCGAGACUGGACAACUAAGUGGCAGAAAAUAAUGACCAUACCAGGCUUCGAUUUGAGCAUUCGUCCCUUAGCAGACAAUAUCCAAACCAUCGUGGAUUGGCCGGAACCCCGUUGUACGACGGAUGUACGCUCUUUCAUGGGUUUGGCUGGAUACUAUAAGCGAUUUGUCGAGUCAUACUCGAAAGUGGCCGCUCCUUUGUCGAGACUUCAGUCCUCGAAGGUGUUCGACGAAGCGCUGUUUGACAUUGCGCAGAAGUGCACACACCGCUUCGAGGCCGACCAGGCGGAGAGGGUCCGACACUACUCACAGGAGCGUGGGCUACAUGUCCCGCGAUCUGGAGCGAUGGGUGGCGAGGCAGAGUGGAGUGGACAGGGCGUGGGCAGGGGAGAGGAUACCCAGCGUUGGUCCGAGGGUGGUGCUGCGAGAGAUGGGGCGGGCGCCGGUGUUGCAGAGGAGGGCGAGGCGGGAGUCGAUCGCGAGGGUAGCAUGGCAGAGAGUGAGCGGACGGCGACGGGAGAGGGGGCCGUGCCCGAGGUCGAUCCGAUCACUCGUCAGAGGACGCGGGGCUGGGAUCCCGUGGGGAAGAGGCCCGCCCCGCUUGAGAUACCUAGCACACCGAAUUCCUCCAGGACUCCUGUUAGUGAUACGCCUGGUUCUUCCAAAAGGAAGGACGGGGGUGCAGAUCUUCCUGCCACGGAGGCCGGGAAGAGGCUGAGGCAGCAGAGGGUGACGGACACAUAUGGUGGCGAGUGGAUCGUCGUCGGAGGAAGGCAUUCCUUCGCUGGGCGUACUCCAGCGGGGUUGCCUUCAAUGCCUUCUGCAACACGCUCGGAGAGGAACUGGGCGGUCCACGAGGGCAUCCACACGAAGAAGCGCAAUCAGUUGGCCUUCGAGAAGGUCGUCCAUCUUGUCGAGAUCACCGCAAAUGUGCGGUUGAUGGAGUACAGACGUGCAGGUUGUGGGUAUGUUCUCCCUUGGCAGCGAGACACGGGUAUGCUCGACGCUCAGGCAAGCAUAGAGCUGGACCCCGUGCGUUCGGGGAUGAGGAGCUCGAUGAUGGCGGAGGAGAUCGAGGAGCAGGCUGCCCUCAUUUCGCGCGAUCCCAUCGGGUCCUCUGCGCCGCCCCCUGCAGAGUCUGUUUUCGAUGCUCGUGCGGCUAUCUUCCGGCCAUACCCCAAGGAUGAUGCCUCUGGGGACGAGAGGGAGCGGGAACCUGCGGACGACCCCGCGCUUCCCAUCCCGCGCGAGAUUGACGAGUUGCACGAGGAGGGCGCCGACUCGCACGAGGGGGCAAAGCGGCCACACACCGCGCUUGGGGCGGGGGAUUUCGGGGGAGUAGAGGCGAGAUCACCCACUCCCGCGCGAGAGCAAACGCCUGCUCCUACCGGCACAGUGCGGGAACAUACGACUGUUUCCGCGACCGCGCAACAGCAGACUCCUGCUCCUACGAGGACCUGCGAGCGGACGAGUACUCAUGCGACGGAGUCCGGACCUUCGUCGCAGUUGCAUCUUCCUCGUCAUUCAGUAGCAUCGUCCGCUGAGACUGCUUCCAUAGGGCAUGUUGAGCGCUCACCAUCAGCGGUCAGGAAAGAGGACUUGGGAUCCUCGUUGCGCAUACGCGGCCAUGGAUCGUUGUUUAGCAUAGCCCGUCAGCCCGUUUUGGAGGAGGGUGUUCAUAGCGGGACAGCGGUGGUGAGGGAGAGACGGGCGGAGGAGCACGGAGCGAGCGGAGUUGAUGACCUUGAGGGUAUUCGAGGUAUGGGGGACGAGUUAGCGGGAGCAGGGCGGACAGGGUUGUCGUCUACGCUGCAUGAUAGAUUAGGGGGGGGUGAUGGUGCGCAGGUUGAGACGGAGGCGGGAGUGGAGGUGGAUGAUGGUCCGCAGGUUGAGAGGGAGGCGGGAGUGGAGGUGGUCCAAGUGGAUGAUGGUGCGCAGGUUGAGAGGGAGGCAGGAGUGAAGGUGGAAGAUCGUGCACAGGUUGAGAGGGAGACGGGAGUGGAGGUGGAUGGUGGUGCGCAGGUAGAGAGGGAGGCGGGAGUGGAGGUGGAUGGUGGUGCGCAGGUAGAGAGGGAGGCGGGAGUGGAGGUGGAUGGUGGUGCGCCGGUUGAGAGGGAGGCGGGAGUGGAGGUGGAUAAUGGUGCGCAGGUUGAGAGGGAGGCGGGACUGGAGGUGGAUGAUCGUGCGGAGGUAGAGAGGGAGGCGGGAGUGCAGGUGGAUGAUCGUGCGCAGGUUGAGAGGGAGGUGGCAAUGGAGGUGGAUGAUUGCGCGCAUGUAGAGAGGGAGGUGGGAGUGCAGGUGGAUGAUCGUGCGCAGGUUGAGAGGGAGGUGGCAGUGGAGGUGGAUGAUCGUGCGCAGGCAGAGAGAAGGGAGGACGUUGUGACUACUCAGGUUGGGAGAGAGGAGGGCGUGGCAGUGCCUUCCGUUGCUGCGCAGGGUGAGAGACAGGAGGACGUGGUCAGGGCAGAUGGUACUGCGCUGGUUGAGGGAGAGGCCAUUCUUUUAGAGGGUGACGUCGCCCAUGACGGAGGGGAGGGCAGCGACACCCUUGACCCGGCUAUCGAGCGUUUCAUCGCUGAUGAGGUGGAUCCCGCACUAUCAGGUUUGACCCCGGGCACGAUGAGGGCACUGGGGGCGUCGCCAUCAGGAGAGAGCGGGGCGGUUGGCGAUGAGAUGCGGGAUGUUGCUCAGAUGUCUUUCAGGGAUCCUCCCACCCCUCGUCAGAGUCGUCGCGCAGACAUAGAGGAUAUAGCGCGUGCCUUAGCGGCCGCUGGUUACUCCGCAGAGGACAUCGAGCAGGCAUUCGCAGGAGCCUCCAGGAUUCUGCACACUGCACGACUCCAGCCAGGUUUGGGUGGGGGUGGCACCGGGAGGGGUGCGGCUCGGGAGGUCAUGGUGACAGUUUCUCAGCCUCGACAUGUUCGUGGGGGUGUAGAGGCCAAGUCCACCUUGUUGCACGCUUUGGCAGCAGCAGCACGUGCUGUGUGUGACCAGACUUCGCCCAGGAGCCCAGCAUAUCGUGACUCUCGUCCGCGUCUCGUGCCUGCGGCGGGUGGUGCCGCAUUGGAGGAGUCUUUAGGACCUGAGGGGUUGGGGAUGCCGCGGGGUUCUCAUCGUGAUAAGACUGUCGAGGCUGUCACUCGGGCGAGUACUAGGCUUGUUCAGGUGGGGAGGGGGGAUGAGCAGGUCAUUGUAGAGAAGGACGAUCCCGAGACGGAGCCGGCACGUGACGAGGACCCACCUGAGGAUGACGAGUACAGAGAGGACGAAGAGAGUCGGGAGUGGGAGAGGGAUGACGAGAAGGAGGAGGACGACGACGACGACGAUGAGCCCUCCCCUCGACCACGACAUGGUUCUGGUAGACGGCAGGAGUUUCGUGAGACGAGAUCCCGCACGAGGAGUCGAGGACCAUCCGCUGCGACUUGGGCGAGCCGACGAGGUGCGUCACGGACACGCGACUCGGAUCGCGAGAGGCGGAGAGGCAGCGUUCAAGAGAGCAGGGAUGUCACCGUGUCGGUCCCUGCGCGUCCAGGGCUGUGGGAUGUGUUUGAUGGGGUACGGGCUGCGAAGUGGUAGGGGCUUGCGGUGGGGUUCCGGGGUCCAAGGCAUCGGUGAGGGCCCUUUUUUUAGAAUUUUUCUGUUUUUUCUGUCGCCAGCCUGCACUGCGU